CCAGGGUCAGGUGCUCCUCUGUUUCAAUUAGGUUUUGAGGGUUUUCAGGUACGUGAACCGUGAACCCUAAAAUCCUAAACUGCUGCUUAGAUCCAGGAAUUCAAACUGGAUAGGAGAGCGCAAAAAAAAACCAGUUCAGCUAGAAAGAUUUUGAAGCCAAUUGAGGCGGCCAGAUCUGUCUUCAGUAGCCGUUCCAUCGUUCCUACUAGCAAUCCUCUGGUGAAAUUGGUCUUGAAAGAGUGCAAAACAACAGAGUUGCGCUCGAUACCAAGCGUUGCUUGGACCACAGAUCUAUCCUUGGGUUGUUGCUUUGAGAAUUGGGCAGCGAAGACUCGCCAUCUGAACCAGCUUGUUCGUUUGCGGCGAUGGCGGGCCGCCCGGAGCAUGUGGGGAUCUUGGCGCUGGAGGUCUACUUCCCGGCAAGCAGGGUCCUCCAGGCUGCGCUGGAGGCGCAUGACGGUGUGAGCGCGGGCAAGUACACCAUUGGGCUGGGCCAGGACGCGAUGGCCUUCUGCAGCGACAACGAGGACGUCAUCUCCAUGAGCCUGACGGUGGUUCAGAACCUGCUGGACAAGUACGGCGUGGACCCCGCGCAGAUUGGGCGCCUCGACGUGGGCAGCGAGACCGUCAUCGACAAGUGCAAGUCCAUCAAGACCUGCCUCAUGCCCCUCUUUGAGGCGUGUGGCAACGAGGACGUGGAGGGCGUGGACUCGUGCAACGCGUGCUAUGGGGGCACUGCGGCGUUGCUCAACGUGGUCAACUGGAUAGAGAGCACCGCCUGGGACGGUCGCUACGGCCUUGUGGUGGCGGCCGACAGCGCAGUGUAUGCUGCGGGCAACGCGCGCCCCACCGGGGGCGCUGGCGCUGUGGCCAUGCUGAUUGGGCCGGACGCCCCCCUGCCGCUGGAUCGCAGCCUGACGGCCACGCACAUGGCGCACACCUACGACUUCUACAAGCCCAAGCUCGCCUCCGAAUACCCGGUGGUGGACGGCAAGCUGACGCAGACGUGCUACCUGAGCGCGCUCGACAAGUGCUACACCCGCCUCGCAGCCAAGUACGAGAAGCGGCAUUCCGGGGAGGCGUUCUCGCUGGAGCAUGUCGGCUACGUCUGCUUCCACUCGCCCUACAACAAGUUGGUGCAGAAGAGCUACGCCCGCCUGGUGUACCAGGACUUUUCGCGCGGAGCCGGCCCGCCCGACGUGCAGGCCGCGCUGGCGCCGUUCAAAGACGUGACGCUGGAGGCGAGCUACACCGACCGCGACUUAGAAAAGGCUGCGGUGGCGGCGUCGCGUGCGGGGUACGGGCAGCGCGUGGCGGCGGGCACGCUCAUCCCGAAGCAGACGGGCAACAUGUACACCGCGUCCCUGUACAACAGCCUCGCCUCCGUCCUACACACCACACGCGGCGCAAUCCCAGCGGGCACGCGCUUCUUGCUCUUUUCAUACGGGAGCGGGCUGGCGGCCACACUGUUUGCGCUCACCGCGCGCGACACCGCUGGCAAAUUCAGCCUGCCCGGCAUCGUGGAGCGGCUAGAUAUUGAGGGGCGUUUCGCGGCACGGACCACGGUGGAGCCCGCGGAAUUUGCAAGCACGCUAGAGCUGAUGGAGCGGCGGUACGGCGCCAACGACUUUGUGCCCGAGGCGCAGACAGACUGCCUGUACCCAGGGACGUACUAUCUCACCAAAGUGGACGAUCUGUACAGGAGGUUCUACGCUUGCAAGACCGGGCGGAAACUGGAGGGAGACCUUAUAGCAAAUGGAGGGACCAGCUUGCAGAAUGGGCAUUAGCCCGCCACCGCAACACCAAGUGAUUGUUCGUGUCGCGCCGAGUUGUUGGUCAUUGCUGAACAUCGAAAACAAAUAUCCAGGAUUGGGCCAAUUUAAUCGUGAAGGUUUGCAGCCACUGAUUCCAUUCUUGAGUCUCGUAUGUGUUGCAUCAAUUUCGACGGUGCCAGCCUGAGUGGCGCUGCAUGCAUAUGAGGCUCAAUUCUUUAAGUAUUCAAAAGUGCCCAAGCAAACUCGAGCUAUACGUAGCCUAGUAGGUUCCUUCAAGCCCUAUCUUAAGUUCAUUGUAAAAUAUACGCACGUACAAGCUAGAAAGCUCAGUGGCUGCAAACCCGAUGCGAGUUCGAUCAAUUCUAUCGC